AAGAAGCAUGUCUGUGCGAGCGAUCUAUCAUGAAGAAAAGCAUAUAGGAGAGAAAAUUAAGAAGACUAAGACUCAAUUCAUCUUUAAAUUCGAACUGGAUGGACUCCAACAUCAGAUAGAGUUCCUAGUUUCUAAACUUACUGGAAAGAAAUAAAGUAAUUCAGGAUGGAGAAGUAAUCUUAGAGCAGCAGAAGUUAGCUAAGAAUUUCCAAUUCCCUUUUAACAUUGGCAAACACAUGCUUAAUUUAAGCUAUGGGUUAAAAGGAGCAAAGUUGAGAAUCGAUAAUGUUGCUUUUGAAGACCUAUACCAGUCAAGAGGGUUUAAAGCCACCAGCAUGCCUUCCGGGCAUAAAAGACCAGAAGGAGGCAGACCAAAAGCAAGCACUACUUAUGCUGGUAAAAAGAAUAUUACUGAUGGUUGGUCUGAUAUCCAAAGAGCAAAGGAUUCAGUCAAAUAUGAUGACAUUCCAGAUCCAUAUGCGCAGGAUAAAAAAGGAGAGAAGGAAGCAGGAAAGUUUAAAGAAGAAAAUAAACAGAAACAAAAAACUAGCCUGAGAGAUAUUGGAAAAAGGCAAAAAUCAUCAACUGUCAAGGAGAAGAAAAGUACUGGAUUUGGAGAUGAGGAUGAAUUUGAUUGGGGUGACGGAGAUAGUAAGAAACAAAGCUCAAAUAAUGAUGCCUUUGACUUUGAUUUUGGAACAUCCUCUACAUCUGAUCAAAACAAGAAAUCGGAUGCAUUCGAUUUUGAUUCUUUCGGGCAAGAAUUAAGCAAACCAACUUCUUCAACAGAUCCAUUUGCAGACAUGGAACAGCCAAAGGCUUCUGGAAGUACAGGCCUUGAGGAUGUUAUUUUUGAUAAUGAACUUACUAAACCACAGAACCCUCCUUCCAAACAACAAGAAACUGACAUCUUCAGUACCGACUUCACCUCCCCUACACCACCCCCAUCAAACCCAUUCGCUGCCUUCACCACCCCUCCAGUCCCUCAACCCCCUCGACCCCAGCAGGACCCUUUCAGCCACCCCACUUCCACCCUCCCUCCUCCAGCUGGCCCUACCACUUUUGGAGGACCUCCUUCCCAAUCCUCUUGGAGUGCAGGCUUCAGUAAUGGCAACUUCUCAAACGAUCCAUUCUCAGAACCAGGAGCCUUUGAAUCCAAGCUGACUUGUGACCCAAACAAAGAUUUUGCUUCUCUGAAUCCUUUCGGAGGGAAUGGGUUUUCAAAAUAAGUAAAAGCGAGCAGAAAUGAUAGCAAAAACUGAAAUAUUAAAUUUGUGUUAGUUUAUUAAAAUCCUGUUAUAGCAACAGCACUGUUAUAAACUG